AUGAUUCUUAGUAAUUUUACCAGUUCUGACAGCCUUUUUCUCUUCUCUGCUUUUGCGUGGAAUGACCACAACCAGCGAUUGAGGCUUGGACGUGAUCCUCGCCCUUUUGAGCUUUUUGAAGUAACUCAUACAAAGAAGGGUACCUCCAUGCUUGUUGAUGCACGUGCUCAAUCUGUUAAGGAUCGCUAUCUGGAGCUUGUGGAGCAAGCAUCUCAAACGCAAGAAGGGCUUGACGAGCUUCCUAUUGUGGAUGAAACAACUUUGUAUUAUGAGGCUGUUGGGGGAGGAAAGAAAAGUCGGGUUUAUGGCAUAGGGUCCCAGGCGUGUAUCUUUUAUCCACAUUCAUCUUCGAGUUUAUCCACAGGUUCAUCAUCUGAGGCACUACAUGUUGAGGUUAGAGAUUUGCAUCAAACUCUUAGUCAAGUCCAAGAUCGUGAGGAGAGGCUUCAACAAACACUUGACCAAGUCCAAGAUCGUGAGGAGAGGCUUCAACAGACGCUUGGCCAAGUACAAGAUAAUAACAAGGAGCUUCAACAAAGUUUGCUUGAAAUGAAAUAGGAGAGGGACCAAUAUCGUGCGGAGAUGAUGCGUCAAAUGAAGGACAUGAUGAUGAGUUUUGAGAGGAG